AUGCUACCGUACAUCGCCGUGUUGGCUAUCCUCGCUCAUGCAUACUAUAGGCAAGAUGCGGACACAGGUCCCCCCACGUCUGAGGUGGAACAUAUCUCCCGGCGUUACGAGGCCGACCUGCAAGGUCAGACAAUAUGCUACACAUACAUGACCACCGUUACCGCAAUAGCAGCAAUAGACGAUGGCGGUGCCGGAGAGGGCACACUUGGACAGUCUAAUCCCAGUGGCAUCAGCGAUCAAGGUGACCAUGGGACCCCUGGUCCCGAUGACGGUGGACAGGAGCCGCUGACCAUGGGCCCGGGUAAUGUCAUACCCGGGAAUGGUUCCUGGAAUCCGCCCGGCGGGAUCGCAAGUUCGACCGGCGGGUCUCCGGGACCGGUAACUGGCGGAACGCCGGGCGGACCCACCCAGACCAGUCCCGUACAAGGCGGCGUCCCGCAAAGCAGUGACACCCAGCUUGACAGCUCGCUGCCCGCAAAUGUGCUGCCGGGUACUUCAGCUGUAGGCACUCAACCCGCAUGCACUCAACCCGCAGGUACUCAACCCGCAGGCACUCAACCAGGAGGUACGCAGUCUGGGGAAACUCAGUCUGGGGUAGCCCAGUCCGGGAAGGGUCAGCCAGAUGGUACGCAGUCGAUCGGUGCGCCGUCGGGAACUGCUCAGUCUGGAAUUCCGCAGAAAGGUGGAAUCCUACCUUCUGGUUCUCAGCCUGAUGGUAGUCAAGCCAGUAUUACUCGAUCAGGCGCUACACAACAAGGUGGUUCGCAACAAGGUGGUUCGCAGCCUGGUGGUAUACAGUCAGGUGGAGACAGUCAGACUUCUCAAGGUGGGAGCUUGUCCACUACUCCAGGAGCAGUAACAACGGGGCAGCCACAACCGGCGGGCAGUCUCCCUUCUACGGGAGUUACGACAGGUACCAGAACUCCAGUACAAUCCGGUGAAAUCAGACUAGUUUCCCAAGGCGAAACUUCGACCAUGCCAUCGGGUAUAGCGGCAGCAUCAGGAUCAGGGGCAGGUUCCGGUCCAGCAGGUUCCGAUCCAGCAGGUUCCGGCCCAGCAGGUUCCGGCCCAGCAGGUUCCGGUCCAGCAGCUUCCGGUACAGCAGCUUCCGGUACAGGGACUUCGGCUCUAGAAAGUACGGGCCCAGGCGCAGCUUCGGGUCCAAGUGUGGGAACCACGGGGACACCACAAUCAAUUGGCAGUCAAAUUCAAGGGAAUACCGGACCACCCUCGGUGAACAAUUCCGGGCUUAUCACCGGCUCUACAAGUCCACCCCAGACGGAACCGGGCUCCUGUGGGGGCAUUACGUCUAGUCCGCAGUCUCCAACAGCGAGACAAUCGGGAUCGCCUGUAAGCAGUUCAGAGCCGAGCAGCACAAGUUUUGAUCCCACACCUAGCAGUCCGUCACCAGCUGCCGAAACCGCCACGCCUUCCAACUCGGAAUCGUCUGCUAGCUCCACUGCCCCAGCACUGUCAUCUGUUGUACUCAGCAUAGAAGUCGGAGUAGACAGGAACGCGACGAUCGGUCGCCGCGAUUUAGAGCUAUGGGCUCUAGAUGACCCUCCGCCGCCUGCCUCGAACUCCAGUUCUGGCUUCGUGGGAAAAUCGACCUACCCGAACCCAGACAACUGUACCAAUGCCAAUAUAUACGUCAAAGGCAACGGGCAACUCCAUAAUGUGGGGAGACCCCUAUCUGUCGACCCGGGAAUGCCGUACAUCGACAUCGCAAACUUCACGACCGGCUCUAUCAGCACUACCUUCGAGGUUGCGGAUGGCAUACUGAUCUGGAGCAAUGCAACGUUUUAUAAUGGCACUGCUGGUUUCUGCCAAGUUGGUAGCGGCGCGGUUUAUGCUACCUUCACUGAAUCUGGCGGUCCCUUUAAUUGCACUUCUAUUGAUUUGGUCAUUCACACCGACUCUGGUGGCACAGCGAGUAGUUCACCAGCAUCAACUAAGAACUCAGAUAGCUCUACCUCGAUCAGCAGUGUCUUAGACUCAACGUCUAGUUCCAGCUCGACGAUCAGCACAGAUGAUUCACUACCAAGUUCGAGCCUGGGUGGUUCUUCUUGCGUUACCUCUGGCCCCAGCGGCGACUCAACAGCGUCGACUGCCACGGGGAGUGGCUUGGUUGGCACCACCUCCGGACAAUCCGAGACACCCAGUAAUACUAGCGAGGGCUCCUCGACAAGCGGCAUCAGCAAUAUUGCUACUGUCAGCACCACUGGCUCGGAGAGCGGGUCACCCAAUAGUCCGUCUAUGUCUCCAGUGGUUCAGUGGAGUCUGGCCAGUCCACCAGCGAGACUUCUGGCUCGAUUCCCAACUCGACUCCAGCUCAGUCUCAAACCUCUACCGAAAGCAGCAGCGCAGAGCUAUCUCCGGAUACUACCACUACAACCUCAGCUGAUUUCUCUUCCCCAGGCACGAGCGCCGCUGAAUCGGCAGAUAUCGGCAGCACUAGUGAAUCCCUUGCAUCGGUCUCCUCGACGAUAA